UGGUGGAAUCUACAGAGACUAUAGUAUAGUUUACCCAAAAUCUAAACCCUGCAAAGCGAAACCUGUCUUGACCUUUCCCUUCCUCACGACCAUCUCUGCUCGGUCUGGGCUCCUGCUUCAUCUUGAGUUCAUCAAUGGAUAAUAAUAAUAAUAAUAAGCCAUGUUCAUCUAAUAAGAUCAUCAAGACAAGUGAUGGAUGUGAAAUAGUUCUUGAGCUCUCUCAAAAUGCCCCUUUUUUUGAUAAAAAGAAGAAUUUACUACGUAGUAUGGGUUUUGAUAUCAGGGAACAAGUGCAGUUUCAUAGAUCUUCAUGUCCUGAUGCAAUUGCAACCAUCUUGGAAAGAAUACUUCAGAUUGCAAGAAUUAUACAUUUAGACGAGGUAGAACUUUAUUUUGGCAAGGUCAACGACUGUUCAUCAUUUGAAUAUUGGAGCCCCAGGAAUGAGGUGGAGGCUCUCAAUUCGGUCCUUUCACUUAUUAACAGCUACUCCUCCUAUGAAAGACAGAAGGAAGUGAACUUCUUGCAAACCUUGCAAGAUGAAGUUCUUAAAAGGAUCCAGGAAUUCACAGACAAGAACAAAGUGGAGAGUAGAAUUGAUAGAAGCUGCAGUUGUGACAAAGAAAAAUGUUUAGAAAAAUGGGGGGAGAGCAAUGGUGUAAAAACAAGCUUGAAGAUAGCAUGUGUUGAAGGAGCUGGCAGAGGAGCCAUAGCAACAAAAGACCUUAAAGUUGGAGACAUUGCUUUGGAGAUUCCUGUGUCUAUUAUUAUUUCUGAGGAGCAUGUGCACAAAUCUGACAUGUAUCAUAUAUUGGAAAAGAUUGAUGGGAUUACCUCUGAGACCAUGCUGUUACUAUGGAGCAUGAAGGAGAGGCACAACUGUUCUUCAAAAUUCAAGAUUUACUUUGACACUCUGCCAGAGGAAUUCAAGACUGGGCUGAGCUUUGGAGUUGAUGCAAUCAUGGCUUUGGAUGGAACCUUGCUUUUAGAGGAGAUAAUGCAAGCAAAAGAGCACUUGCGAGUUCAAUAUGAUGAGCUGGUUCCUCCACUGUGCAAAAAUUAUCCCGAUGUAUUUUUGCCAGAGCUCUACACAUGGGAGCAGUUCUUAUGGGCUUGUGAACUGUGGUACUCUAAUAGCAUGAAAGUUAUGUUUGUUGAUGGAAAACUGAGGACUUGCUUGAUUCCUAUUGCAGGCUUUCUUAACCAUUCGCUCUACCCACACAUCGUUCACUAUGGUAAAGUAGAUUCUGCAACAAAUACACUGAAAUUCCCACUCACACGGCCUUGUUGUUUUGGAGAGCAAUGCUGCCUUAGCUAUGGAAACUUCUCUAGUUCACAUCUAAUUACAUUCUAUGGUUUCAUGCCUCAAGGAGACAAUCCCUGUGAUGUAAUUCCAUUGGAUAUUGAUGUUGGCAAUGCUGAUUGUAUUGAGGGUUGCCCAAUGUCGAGCUGGACUUCUCACAUGGUGAGGGGAACUUGGCUCUCAAACAACCAUAAUAUAUUCUAUUAUGGCUUGCCAUCUCCAUUAUUGGAUUAUCUACGUGGAGCUCGGAGUCCUGCACCACACACCAAGACCAUUGAGAUAUCAAACCUGGAGAAUGAAAUAGAAGUUCUCAAAGAUCUCCAGUCAACCUUCAGUAGCAUGAUGGAAAAUCUUGGCGACACAGAUCUUGUCAACAGGUUUUAUGCCAUCCUUGCAGUGAUGAUGCAAGCUGGGAUGUGAAGCUAGCAUUGGAGUUUAAAGAUCUACAAAGAAGGAUUGUCUCCUCAAUUUUAACAUCAUGUGCCACGGGUCUCAACUUGGUGCAAGAUGAAUUGUCUUUGCUUUAGAUGAGCUGGCUUGAAAGCACUAUGUGUCUGCUUCAAUCCUGGGAUGUAGUCUCCCCAACCUUUAGAUGGAGCCAUGAUAAAAAUUAACGUAGAUGGAGCGUACUGAUCAUGACGCAUAAAUCUUGUAGUAUUGUUACACCACAAGGUCAAUGGCUUUUUGGUGUCUCAAGCCUCCAUAAUUUUUAUUUUUAUGCAAGGGAAUGGACAAAUGGGUGGUCUUAGCUGGGAAAGGAUGCUCUUUGUUCUUGCGUUUGGAUGUGUGGCAGAUUAAAAUAAUGGUAAAUUAAGAGAGGCUACAUUAUGUUGGAGAUUA